AUGGUGAAGGACACUGCCUAUUAUGACAUAUUGGGAGUCGCUCCUGACGCAUCUGCAGCCGAUAUUAAAAAGGCCUACUACCUCAAAGCAAAGAUGGUUCACCCUGAUAAAAAUCCUGGGGAUCCGAAAGCGGCCCAAAAUUUCCAGGCAAUUGGAGAGGCUUAUCAGGUUCUAAGUGAUCCUCAGAAGCGUGAAGCAUAUGACACAAACGGAAAAGAUGGAGUACGGCAGGAGGCAAUGGUGGAUCCUGCAGCUGUUUUUGGCAUGGUAUUUGGUAGUGAUAUGUUUGAGGAUUAUAUCGGGGAGCUUUAUAUGGCAACUGUACAGACUGUAGAGCUUGAAGAGACUUCAAAGGAACCUGAAGUUCGCAGAACAAAAAUUCAAGAGAGGAUGAAGGUGUUACAAAAGGAGAGGGAAACUAAGCUCAUAGCAAUUCUAAAAGAUCGCCUUCGACCAUUUGUUGAAGGCCAAGUAGAGGAGUUUGUAGCUUGGGCGACAUCAGAAGCUACCCGUCUUUCAGAAGCAACUUUUGGUGAGGCUAUGCUACAUACCAUUGGCUACAUCUACACAAGGCAAGCUGCAAGAGAAUUGGGAAGGGAUAAAAGGUAUAUGAAUGUCCCAUUUUUAGCAGAAUGGGUGAGGGAUAAGGGACACCAGAUAAAAUCACAAGUUUCAGCUGCUUCAGGUGCCGUUGUAUUAAUCCAUACAAUGGAGGAGCUGAAGAAGUUGAAUGAAUCACAAGCCAAGGAAGAGGAGAUAAUAAAAACUAUCGAGAAUAAGAAAGAUGCAAUGUUCAAUUCCCUGUGGCAGCUCAACGUUGUAGAUAUUGAGACCACCUUAUCCCAUGUCUGUCAAGCGGUGCUAAGAGAUCCUACCGUUUCAAAGGAUACGCUGAAGCAAUGGGCUAGAGCAAUGAAGAAGCUUGGAACCAUAUUCCAAGGUGCAAAGUCGAAUUACCGGAGAGAUAACAGUCUGCGUGUGGCCAGUCCUGCUGCUUCAUCUUCUUCCUCCAAGUAA